GGCUCCAGCUGUAGUCGCGUGUGUAUAUAUACCUAGGAUUGCAUUUUGAAGGGUGCGCGCGUUUCUGCUGUUUUCUGUCGCUGUUUCCCCACCCCUACCCUGAAGCUAGUUCCCUAAAACUGCAUGCCUGGGGGAAUCUUCCCUUCCCUGCAUGGACCAUGUCAGAAAUGUCAGAGAGCACUCUGUGUGAGAAAUUUGAGGCCAAUGUAUUUGCCAAGACCCGGUGCCAGAACUGCUUUCGAACUGUCACUGCACACAAGCGUGGUAACCAGGAAUUGAAGGAACACGCAACAAAAACUCCCAGUUGCCUUGAUGGUGACAACGUGACCAGUCCCUGCGACCCCUUGUGCAUUUUAGUGCCCCAGUGUGAACUCUAUGUCUGUGUGGGCUCUGAGGACAAAGAUGAGACCUGGCAGGAAAGCUUGGAGUACACCCAGCUGAGCUGCAGAGCUGAGGAGGAACCCACAGAAGUUAGUACCUGUCCCAGCACCAGCACUGUCCUUGAUGCAGAAGCGGAUGUUGUUGACACAGAUGCCCGUGCCACGCUUGAGGACUGGGAAAUGACCAGGCUCCUUGAGAGCAUUUUGGAGCCUGACAAAGACAGCACAAUGUACUAUGCAGGCAAGAAGCAAGAGGCACGACCCGAAAAACUGCAUGCUGAUAGACCCAGAUGGGCAGACCCAGCAUCCUCUGGGAGAGCAGAGUCCUGGAAUUGCCCAAAAGCAGUUUCCAGGGCUGUGAGUCAGGACCAAGGGGACGGCAGGAGGAAGCAUCAAGCCGAGAGCGGCUAUUUCUCUCUGGAGCGACGCAAGUCCGAGCCGAGCCGGGCCCCUUCCCCUCCCCGUGUGGGCCGUGGCGCUUUGCCUGCCCGUGGCGAUGCCUCUGGCCUUGGCAGGUGGCCUGCUUCCUCCAUCAGCUCCGCUGACUCGGACCAGAGCUGGCGCACGAGCGGCAGCAGCGAGGGUCGCCACGGCCUGAUGAAGCAGGAGUACAGCAUGCUGGCCGACCUGCCCAAGGUGAAGCGGCUGGACCACCGGCAAGCUUUCGAAAAAGAGCGCAGCCGCACCAGAAGUCCUGGCCGGGCGGAGGUGGAACGGAUCUUUGGCCACGAGCGCAGGAAGUCGGAGACGCUGGGGGCAUUUCAAGCUCUGGAAGAGGGACUCUUGGAGCGACUGGAUAGUAAGACCCUGAAGCUGGCAAAGGAAGGGCGAUUAGUCAGGAGGCAAUCAAGCCCCAGUCUGCGCAGAGAUGUUAGCAAAAAACUUCCCUGGGAGCCAGAGCAGCCCAGCAGGAGCAGAGGAGGCCCCCAGCGCCUAGGGAGACCAGAGCAGCGCCCUGAGCGAAGCAGCAGGAGCCAAGGGGAGCCCAGCCGCUCUGGGAGCUCCCCUCAGCGCCUGGAGAGAGACAGCAGGAGCAGGGCCGUGUCUCCACACUUGGUGGUCCCUCAGCAGCCAGCAGACCGGCGGAAAUGGGCGGACCCCGUGCCCCAUCCGAAAGGCGACAGGGACAGGGCACCUCUCCGCAGCCCCACGAGUCACGGGAAGCCAAUGAGUGAUGGGAGGAAAAGCCAACCGCAGCUCUCGCACAGCUCUGGGAAAAGCAUGGAGACCAAGUGGAAAAGCUGCCUGGGCGCUGUGAGCACAGCCCACUCCAGAAGGAGCUUGGACAAGGGUCAAGUGAGGCAGCUGGAGAGGUACAAGGAGAGUGACCGGAAAGCGCGGGGCAAGCCUUUGCUCCCCUUUGACACGGGCGAGCACCCGAGGAAGGAGCCAAGAGACUACCGGGGAGCUGUGUGCGAUUUCAGCCCGGGGAGGGCCAUGGCAGGCCGAGGGCAGACCCUGAGUCCCCCGAGGCCCAGGGAAGAUGGCCGUGGGGCUCAAGGAGAGGCCAGGCGGUCUCUCGGCCCAGGGAGAGAUGCAGGGAUUGGUUUGAAAAACCGUGGGGAGGUUGGGGGUCUAUUUAGUCCUGGGGGUAGCCAGAGAGAGACCAGGCGCUCCCUGAGCCCGGGGAGCUGCAGAGAAAGUGGCCGGCAUAGCUCUGGGGAGGUCAGGCGGUCUCCCAGUCCUGGGCGGCUGGCAGAGAGUAGCCGCGCAUAUCCACAGCAGGCAAGGUGUUGCGCUGUGAGCAAGCAGCAUGCAGAAGACAGUUGGAAAAGCCCAAGGGAGGCCUGCAGCAGGACUCUACGGACGAGUCUAGACACUGAUUGGCCGGGCGAAGAAGAGCCGGUCAACCCUUUUGAUCCCAGGAGACAGGACAACUGGGAGGAUAGCAGCACAUCCCUGUGCCUCGCCAGCCUGCCAGUGGCUGAGCUGAAGAGGGCUGGCCCAGGAGACCCCUCUUGCCCCGCGAGGCCGGAGGCUAGCCCAAAGAGCCAUGAAGGGUCCUUGUGCCACGUGCAUCCAAUGCAGCUCUUGGAGAGAGACUGGAUGAGCCACGGAGAAUGUCCUCAUUCAACAAAGCCUGGGCAACAGCAGCAGCAACUGCAGCAAUUGGAGGGUCACUGGAGAAAUCAAGGGAGUCCAAUGGAACAGGUAGAGGAUGAAUGUACAAAUCAGGGAAGGUGUCUGAGUCCUGCGAGGCCAGAGAGUCGGCCGGAGAGUGACCGGAGCAACAAAGAGAAGCUCUUGUAUCAGCCGGAUCUUCUCAAUUUCAAGAAGGGAUGGAUGUCCAUAUUGGAGGAGCCAGGAGAGUGGACGAAGCAUUGGUUUGUGUUGACAGACUCGAGCCUGAGGUAUUACAGGGACUCCAAUGCUGAGGAGGCCGAUGAACUGGAUGGAGAGAUUGACCUUCGCUCUUGCACCGACGUGACAGAAUAUGCAGUGCAGCGGAACUAUGGCUUCCAGAUACACACUAAAGAUGGUGUCUUUACGUUGUCUGCAAUGACAUCGGGAAUCCGGCGGAAUUGGAUAGAAGCUCUGAGGAAAAGUAUACGCCCUGCCAGUGUGCCGGAUGUCACAAAGCUAUCUGACAGCAAUAAGGAGAAUUCCUUCCGCAGCUACGGAUCUCCCAAGAGCUCCGUCAGAACAGAGGAGCAGCGGCCAAGCACAGGAUCUGAGGCAGUAACCAGGAGCGGCAGCAGCAGGAGAGCAGAUGGGCCACGCCACGCUUUUGACUACGUGGAGCUGUCGCCCUUGCAGCAGGGGCCCGCGGGCCAUGGAUCUCCGCAAUGGACAAGAGGGAGCGCGAGAGCCACAGAGAGCGUGGCCAAGCGCGAGGAGCUGGAGAGGGACCUGGCUCUGCGCUCCGAGGAAAGGCGGAAGUGGUUUGAGUCUCCGGCCACUGGGGUCCUGCAGACAGAUGGCCUGGCAGGGGACGUCUGCCCUAAAGCAGGAGGCCACGAGGCUCCGGGGGGGCCCCUCUCCGAAGCCCAGAGGACUCGGCUGAGUGAAGAGAUAGAGAAGAAAUGGCAGGAGCUGGAGCGCUUGCCCCUGAAGGAAUCCAAGCGGGUUCCCCUGAUGGCACUGCUGAACCAGGGCAAAGGAGCCCACGAGGGUGCAAACGAGGCGCUGGAGAAAGAGGUCCAGGUUCUGAGGUCACAGCUGGAGUCCUUGCGUGCCCACAGUGAAGCAAAAUCUCACCGAGGUGGGCAUGCACCCCGAGGCUACAUCUCUCAGGAGGCAUGUGAGCGCAGUUUAGCAGAGAUGGAGACUUCCCAUCAACAGGUUAUGACGGAACUGCAGCGGCAUCACCAGCAGGAGAUGGAGCGGUUGCGGCAAGAGAAGGAGCGGCUUCUGUCUGAGGAGGCAGCUGCUACAGCGGCAGCAAUUGAAGCACUGAAGAAGGCACACAGGGAAGAGUUGAAUAAAGAACUGGGCAGGACCCGCAGCUUCCAGAAGGGUGGUUUAGACACCGAUACACUCCGGCGGCAGCAUCAGUCUGACGUUGAGUCCCUGAAGAGGGAGCUGCAGAUGCUUUCAGAGCAGUAUUCCCAGAAGUGCCUGGAGAUUGGGGGCCUUGUGCAGAAGGCAGAAGAGCAGGAGCUUAUGCUGCAGCACUGCCAACAGGAGGGAAAGGAGUUGCUGCGGCAAAACCAGGAGUUACAGAGGCGCCUGUCGGAGGAAAUUGGGCAACUACGAGCAUUCAUCGCAGCCCAAGGCUCACGUGAUGGUGCUUCACACAACAACGAGAGGAACUCUUGUGAGCUGGAGGUGCUGCUACGAGUGAAGGAGAAUGAACUUCUGUACCUGAAGCAAGAAAUCCGGUGUCUUAGGGACGAGCUCCAAAUGAUGCAAAAGGAUAAGAGGUUUGCCUCGGGGAAAUACCAGGAUGUCUACAUGGAGCUGAACCACAUCAAACAGCGGUCAGAGCGAGAGAUUGAGCAGCUGAAGGAGCACCUGCGCCUGGCCAUGGCAGCCCUGCAAGAGAAGGAGAUGCUUCACAACAGUAUCGGCAAGUAGACAAGAGCAGCUGUCAGGCCUGACAAGGGAACAUCGGGUUAGUCAGCUUUGUGUACCUUGCUUUGGAGGACAAAGCUGUAUCCUAGCAACCAGCAUCCCCCUCCAGGAAAUGGACCAAGCCUCCAUCAGACUAUCCAUCACAUGCACCUACAUAACUCGGCGUGUUUGGGGCUGGAUCCUACUACUUGCACCUUCUUUGGGAUUUUAUACAUGAAAAUAUAUUUUAUAUGGGGGUGGGGUGUUAUAUUUUAAAAUCCUGUAUUACGUUUUUAACCAGCAGUUGACAAGAGAAGUGAGCCAGAGAUACUCCCCAGCCUUCUUUUAGUCAUAACAGAAUCCUUGUUCCAGGUCCUUGAAUAUAUCUGAAACCACACAUGACCUCUUGCUUCCAAUUCUCUUCCAAGCAAAGAGACAAAAUUUACACAUGUUCCAAGUUUAUGGCAAGUCUCCUUGGACGGACAGUGUUGAUCCACAGUGAUCCAUGUUUUGAGAUGCACUGUGCCAGGAGGAGGAGGAUGUUCUUCAGAUGAAACUGGUUUUGUUCUGAUAAUAUGGAUUGGUUUGUUUUUUGUUUGGGACCAGCCGUUUGUUUUCAUGUACUAAAAGCAAAGGCAGUUCUUUCCCCCCUUAUGCUGAUGAAACGUCUAUGCAUCCUACUGCAAAGUCAGCACCGGCCACAUUCCAGAAGCUAGUCUUCCACCUGUGUGUUCCUGUGGGGAGGGAUGUCACUGCUAAUGUCGCCAGAGCCAAAUGAUGAAGGUGGCUGAAUUUUCUUUCUUUCUGCACAAUUAUAAACUAACUUAAUAAAAAUCCUCAAAUACCAAA